AUGGACGUCAUCCGCAAGUAUCUAAAGACGGAUCUACCACGUUAUCUUAAGGGGUUACCGCUUCCCCGCACGUUUUCAGGCUUUUUAAAGCUGAAACAAGCGGAUUGGAUGUAUCUCGCACCACUCCUUAUCACUAUUUUCAUGCUGGGAUUGACGCUAUUUGCUGGUAAGGGCAAUUCAAAACCUGGAAGAGUAAAUCGUAAAGUGCAACUGGAAAAGGAGAAAGUGGUGGACUUUGUGUCAAUACCGGAUGUGGAAGAUAUAAUCAAGGAGAAGGGCAAGUGUACGGUCUGUCGCUGCUGGAAGUCGAAGAAGUUUCCCUUUUGUGAUGGUUCGCACAUGAAACACAACAAGGAGACGGGUGACAAUGUUGGACCACUUGUUCUUACGGCCGCAAAGGCCUAG